GACGCUCAACGCGGGCUUCCUGUGGCUUCUGGGCGCUGCUCUGCUUGGUCCUCUGAACUGUUGGACGGAUUGUUUGUUGUGGCUGCUUUUUGAGAAAUAAUGAACAACUUCAGUGUUUGGGAAGUUUCUUUUGGGACUUAACUACAUCUUACAACGUGUCUGCACCUGUUUAUGAAUACAAAACUGGAGUUUGGAGAAGACCCGUGGUCCCUCGGCCCCUCUGGAUACAUUACAGAUGGUCUCCAGCUGAACUGAAGCCAACAUUUGGCUGCUCCAUUUAAAAACAUGGCAGACAGUUUUUACAAGUUGGAAGAUGAAGCCUUCCCCAGUUUCCUCUGCAAGUCUCUGGACAGCACCAGUGGCCGUGCCACACUGGGGAAUGUGACAUUGGGUUCAGGCCCAGGACUUCCAGUGGCUGCCUCUACAGUGGCUAAAAUUAAACCCGGCUCUGACAACAGAGGAGAUCCUGUUGAGGCGUCAUAUCUGGAGGCCAACUCACAGUCAUCUGUUCGAGAACAGCCCAAGUUUGCCCUGAGCUUCAAAGAUGACUUGGACAACGCGGAUGACUUCAUCGCAGCCCACCGUUUUUCAGACAUGCUGGUGAAGAUUAAUUUGGAUGACAGCGCAUCUCAAAAGCAAGGCUCCAUGCUGGGGCUUCCUCCCACACAGAUGGGCUCAGUCCACGGCCGGCCCACAGAACUUGCAACAGAUCUGUCAACAGGGCUUCUGACGUUUGCACAGUUUGGACAUAAAGAUAGCACAGAUGCAAAGGCUCAGCCCUUUGCGGCUACAACUGAGGCGGACAAUGUGCAGAGUGAGGGAGUGGACAGUGACCAUUUCAGUGGGAGUAACUCAAGCUUCCUGGCAAAUGAGAAGCUCAUGUCUGUGGACAGCAUGAACAGCGAUAUCACAGAUGAUGACAUUGAUUCGAACAGCCUGCCUGAUGAUGAGCUGGAGCUGUAUUUCAAUAAGCUGGUGCCUCCUGCCAUGCAGAGAGGCAGAGUGGAGGGCCAGGAGAUUCCUGCAACAGGACUGCCGGGUGCUACUGACAACACAUCAAACUCAAGCUCUACAGAACCAGAACAGUAUAGACACCAGUUCCUUGAUGACUACAGCCAGGAUGACUUCCAGAUGCCUGAUGUGCGUCUGGCUGCUACAGGUAUGGACUCCUGUCCUGCCAGUGAUGAGGACACAGAGGAUGAGCUGGAGUCUGCCAGAAGGAACAGCAGUGCUACCAGGACACGGCUGCUGCCCAGCACCUCCAGACAACUGGUUGGAGAGAGUAAUCGUCCCAGUUUCAGGCCGGGCUUAGAGGGAGGAAGUUCUGAUGAUGAGGCUUCCAGUGGCCGCGGCGGUCCAUCUCUGUCUGGGAUUGAACACAGACGAUCUGCAGAGGGACAAGUCAUCAACCCUCCAGUCACAGGAGAUGGAGGAGGUGGGGAUGGGAGCAGUGGGAGUGAGGAAAGCGGAAAUGACGGUGGAGUUUCGACCAUCCCUCUCCCAAUGCCUGUCGUCCAGACCACCUAUGAUGUCCUGCGUGGGCUGGGGAUUGUUGGUGAGGAUGAGGACGGCGAUCUAGAUAUGCCAGGACGUGGAAGGAACGGACUCUCCAGACAUACUGAGAUGGGUGACCGUGUGGGUCCGGUAGGAAUAGGAGAGGCCAGCUCUUCUUUUCAGGCAUCAAGGGGAACUCAGAGGCUUUCUCCCGUCAACUGGAGCAUGGUCCUGGACCGACAGGAAGCACUGGAUGCCAUGGAGAGCACAGAGUCGGGACCCACUGGUGACCGACUGUUGGACUCAGCCUACCUGAGGGGUGGAGCUGGACUCAGGAGACCUCAGGACUCAGCAAACCUAACUUUCUUCCAACUUCAAGGCACCCAGGGGAGCUUCCACCUCUCCCAGGUACUGCUGCCUGAAUGUGAUGACGAGGAUGAUGAUGAUGAUGGAGUAGAUGAGCUUGAUGGUGCCAGGUCUUCCUUGGGCUUAAGGGGAGGGCCUUGCGGUAAUGUGAAUGCCGCAGAGGCCUCAGACAGUACCAGUGAGGAUGACAACAACCCCCUUUCCACCUCCCUGGAACCCAAGUAUUUCUCCCAGAGCUUCCACCAGGAACAAGAAGAUUCAGAUGAUGGAUGGAACCACUGCCCAGACAACCUGGAGCUAGAGUUUCAACAAGGGGCCGAUGCCACUCAUAGUGUGGUGUACCAGAAUGAAGAAGGGCAGUGGGUGACAGACCUGGCAUAUUACUCCUCCUUUGAGAAAGAGGUUGAUGGGAAGACAUCAGAGAACACUGGCCAGUGUCAGACUGAGGACUUUGUUCCAGCAAGUGAUGCGAUGGAAAAGAUAGUCAAGGAUCAAGAGGAAUUUGAGAAGGAGCACCAAUUCAUGCAGGAGGAGAAGAUUGAACCAGCCAGCAGCAACAGCACCAUUAACAGUGACUCCUCUUGGAAGGCCCCCACCAACAGCAACAUCCUGAUGAGGGCUUCUGAGGUCUCUUCGGAGUUUAAGCAGGGGGACCAAAGCUACCUUCGGCUGACUUUAGGGCAGUUUUUUGGACAACGCUCUGAAGCCCUGGGCUGUCUGGGCAGCAGUGAUGAUGAGGAUUGGGUUAAACGGCCGUCCUUUGGCUACAUCAUUACCUCUCCAGAGAAAAGGGAACCAUUUCCCCUAAUUCACCCCUCAGACUUCUCAGCUAGAGACUCUCCUCGCAAUGACACCACGGAAAUCAGCGAAGCAGACAAAACACUCCAACCAGAGGACCUGGACAAAACUCUUGAGGCACCAGGUGAAAGGAUGUCACCGAAAGGUGAUACUGAUGUAGAACCAUGUGAACAGGAGGACCAUACCGUUAGAGCUGCACUACCUGACCACAGUGAGGGCUCUGGCUCUGAUUCAAGCUUGGGUAACCAAAGCUGUGUGUCCCCCAACACUAACCGCAGCAAUCUGAUGCUGAGUAUCAGCACAAUUGCUUCAGCCAUUGCUGAUGCGUCCAUCAGCACCGACCCAUCGCAGCUGGCUGCCAUGAUCGUAGAGCUGACGAAGAGGAGCAGGGUGAGGAAUCGACCGGACUCCAAUAGGCCUGUUGGUCCUUCUGUUAACUGCACAGAGGAACCACACUCAGCUGAACAUGUCCUCCCUGAGCCAGAUCAGAGUGGCAUGCUGGAUACGCUGCAGAGAAGCAUCUGUGUUGGAGAGCUGAGUGCCUUCGACAUGGAAAAAUACCUGAAACAGACUGAUGUGUCAGGCAGCUGUGAUGCCUCUGUGGCACACACGACCUUUGACCUGACCGGCUGGGCUGACUACCUCAGUACCUCCCAAAGGAACCCUCAAGCAGGACAUCCUGAGGAACAGGGGCACUCAGCUCAGCGAGUGGAUAGUGAGACUCAAACAAAGCCCACAAGAAGAAAAAGUGAGGAGAAAGACAGAGGAGGAGAGACGGCAUUAAACACUAACUCAUCUGCAGUGCCCUUUCCAAAUGCAUCAUCUCCAGGUGAUAAGGGUCACUCAAACAGAAGCUCUAUUCCUCGUCCUCGCACAUCUCUCAGCUCUGGCAGAAGGUCUGUGGGCUCAGGGCAGUCCUUCGCUCUUGCGCCUCCUGCAGAUGAAAUGACAACAUGUGAUAACUCUACUUCUUCUGCUACCAAGACUUGUAGUUCCUCAGGCAGGACCCUCACAGAAAAUGGAGUCAAGCUAGUGGAACUGAACCCACAAGCAUCCAGCAAUAUUAGGUCGGACAGACUGAGUAAUUCUCCAGAGAAGAGACCACCACCGAGGAAUAUCGUUGCUGCUCCACUACCUCGUAGCUCUGUGGAAAAGCAUGUUGGCUUCUCUUGCCAAAACACCCAGCCUCCACCAGACCCUGCAUCUGAGGUGCUGAAGGGUUUUCCUGAGCCCUGUGUGGAGGAGACGCAGUGUAACUUCAGACCGUCCACCUCUCCGCUUACUCACUCCUCUCCAAGUCAGACCUCCAUUCCCAGUGCUGAUAGCAUGGUGUCACCUACGUCGUCCAGCGGUGGUCUGGCAGACAACCGUCCAGGUGUUGACCUCUCUCCUGAGUCUACCUGUACCAGCCCUAGUUUCAGCAGGCUCACAUACAUCUCAAUGAAUGAUGGCACUGUCAUACCUUCACCUGCGAGGCAAAAGAAUAACUGCACCAUGGCACUGAGCACCACCAUCAUCAGAUUCAGUCCAACUCCACCUGUGGAACCAGAUGCACAGUCUGACCCCGAUAUUCUUGGCCUUCCCAAAAGCCUGGACCAGGUGCAACCGCAGCACUCUAAAAGUCUGGACCCACUUCCAGCGCAGCAGUGUAAAACCCCGGAGCUCUCACGUAGUGCUUCUGGUCUGAGCUGUACUCGCAGCCAGAGUGAAUGUAACUACCACUGCCCCGGGGACAGAACUGCUGAUCUUUCAGCAGGCUGCAGGAACCACAAGCACCUCUCGGAGUCCAAUGUAAGACAGCUCACUAAAGUCGACUCAGGCUAUUGCAGUAAUGUGAACAUUCAGCAAACUAGCAGCACUGCAGCUCCUCAGAGCUCCCAGCAGUGGGGAGCUCCCAGCUCGGUGUCCUCAUCGGUGUAUGCUAGCGGCCUUGGCAUGCCUCCGUCCUACACAUCAGAGGGACUUCACUAUGUGCCCAUCCCCAGCUUUAAACCCCAAUGUGCUGGCUUGAUUGACAUUCCCCACCAAGGAGAUAUGCAGUCCCUCCUCGCUGGACGCGCUCUCUUCAACUCUCAGCUGGCUCAGCAGUAUUUGGGACCUGAAGCUCCAUUACGUCCUGGUGUUUAUCAUGUGGGAGCAACAGGAAAUGGUCUCUUCAGUGUGUCCUCUACAGGUAUACCUAACAAUGAUCUCACAGUGAGACACGUCCAUCCCACAUCAGGUCCUCUGGGGAUUUCUGGGUCUGCCGGGUCACAUUUCCUCCCUAGACCCCAUCAGGGCCAGCAGGACAUGGAAAUGAUGGGGAAACCCUACAGUCAAUAUGGUGCAGACCAACUGGUGGCAGGUGGUCUUGAGGAUCUGAGAGGCCAAGUGGUGGUGCCAGAAGAGCUGCGGUUCCCUCACACCUGCUGUGUAGGCAUCGCUUCACAGACCUCCCUCAGUCUCUUCAACCCCUCUGAGAGAUGGCAGCAAGUGUCAAUCACUGUCACCGGCCUGGCCAUCGAUGGAGAGAAGGUGGAUAGCUUGCCGUACCAGUGGCUUAUAGUGAAGAACAAGACGAUCAUUGCCCCCAAGAGUACAGAGGAGCAGAAGGUGUUGUUCAUCCCUCCACAGGCUGGUGUCUACCAGUGCGUCUUCAGUGUUUGCUCCUGGCCUGCAUCCGCGGAGACGGAGGUUGCUGCCAGGGCCAGCAUCUUUGCUAAAAGGGUGGUGCUGGUUGCCAUAGCAGAGAAUCCUGCACUAGAGGUUGAAGUAAACAAAUCUGGCUGUCUGGAUUUUGGAGACCUUCCAGGAGGCAGUGCCAAAUCCCUUCCUCUCAAACUGUUCAACAGGACUCAUGCUACAGUGCCCAUCCGUCUGGUCAUCAGCGCAAAUGCUACAGCAUGGCGAUGCUUCACCUUUUCCAAGCACCCUGUUACCCUUACAUCUGAGGCAACGCAGCAGGCUGGACACUCUCCCUCGGUGAUGAAUCACGUGAUGCAUGCCAGCUACGGAGAGAAUCCACAGGGCUUCAUGGUCUGGGUUCACUUCAAGGCCCCCCAGAAGUACACCGUUUCUUCAGGAGAGCUUGGUCCGGCUGAUGACUACAGUGCUCGGGUGGACAUUGAAGUGGACUCUCCCGGUCCUAGUCAUGUGAUCAGUAGUAUUCCCCUCAGGGCCAGGUCUGGAACUGCAAGGGUCCACGCUCCUAAAGACCUGCAGACUGUCAGCCUGUCUGCUCCACUGGGUAUAUCUAGUCAACAGACGCUGCCAUUAAAGAAUGCAGGAAACAUUGACGUGCAGCUGAGACUCAAGGUCAGUGAUGCUGAGGACAGUUUCUCUGUGACACCUGAUGAACUGUCGCUGAGAAUGGGAGAGGAGCAAGGCAUCAUUGUCUCCUUCAAAGCACAGGGCAGCAGGAAAUAUCGAGAAAGCCUGCUCACCAUCUUGGUGCUGCCAUCAGGUCCUCAGUAUGAGGUAACCCUGAAAGGAGACGUUGUCCCAGAGGACUCUGGGAAACCUGCCGUUCCCUCUGCCGCCGUCUUUGAUCCUGGUGUUGCCAACAAUGUUCCACCAAUCCUCUCUAAUAAACAGUUCGUAGCCUGGGGAGGGGUCACGCUGGGACGAGCUGUCCAACAGAAGCUGGUUCUGAGGAACAACUCGUCCAACACCACGCAGCAGCUACGGCUGCUUAUUCGUGGUCAAGACCAGGACUGUUUUCAGCUCCAGAGUAUGUUCAGUCCUGAAGAGCGUCUGACCAGACAUGGGGAGCUGUCCAUUCGUCCCAGAGAGGACGUGACCGUCCACCUGCUCUUUGCUCCCACCAGGGUGGCUUGCAUGUUGGCCAAGCUGGAGAUCAAACAGUCUGGAGUCCGGCCUUCACAGCCAGGGAUCAAAUUCACUAUUCCACUGUCGGGCUACGGCGGGACGAGCAACAUCAUCCUGGAGGACCAGAGAAAACAGGCAGACGGCUAUGUGGCAACGCUGAACGACAUCGCUGUCGGUCGCGUCAGCAAAGUGUGUCUGUGCGUGAGGAACACUGGCUCCAGAGCAGCUUUCAUCAAAGCCGUGGCCUUCUCUGAUGUGCAGACACGAUCAGUUAUGGAGCCCUCUGUCAUCAGCCUCGCCCCGUCACAGUUUGUACUUAAGGAAAGGACGCAGGAGGUAAUCACUGUGCUAAUGAAGUCCACCCAGAGAGAACAGUCCCUGUGUCAGACGGCCAAUGCACUGCUGGCUACUAUCUGUCUGUUUUGUGGAGAUGAGGUCUCCAGGCAGCAGUAUAGGAGAUUGCUUCAGAGCAAACCAGAGGCGGUGCGGAAGGCUCUGUCUGAAAACAGUCUGCUGAAAAACAUCAACUUCAAUGAGAAAUUCCUGGGAGAAGAAAAUGUGACAGAGAACUACGACCUGCCCCAACGGCCCAAUGAAGCUCACAUUUUCUAUGGAAACAUGAGUAAGGUGGUGGUGUCGUUGCUGGGGAGUAUAAAGAGCACAGAGCAGAAAGACCACACUGAGCUGCUGCUGCCCUCUGCUAGACACGGUUCAGAGACAGACAGUGGUUUGGCAAAUGGCAAUGUGUCUCUGGACGUGCUACCAGUGAAAGGUCCCCAAGGUCCAGCCCUGAGGGUAGCAGAGCCCUCCUUAAAGGCCUCAGAGCCAUUACACAGGCAGCCUGAGUCCUGGACCAUCCACCCAGAACAACUUGUCCUUGCAGCUCCCACCAUCAAUGGUGCAGCCACCACCAGUCAGGUUCAGAUUCGGAACAAUACAUCCAGAGAGCUGAGCUUUGAUUUGUCGUGGCCCGCUCACUGCCUCACCAUCACCCCUCAGCAUGGAGUCAUCGAGCCUCAGUGCCACCUACAGAUUUUGAUCAGCCCCAACCCUUCACUAGCAACUAAAUCCACCCUGCUGCCAUGGAGUGGGCAGAUUUAUGUCCAGUGUGACAGUCAACAGAAGUUUAUUAAGGUCCAGAUUCGUGGGGACCUGGCUCUGGAUGUGUCCGCUGCCCCGGCAGACACCACUCUGUCAGCCCUACCUCCUCAGGCUGCCACCCCAGUGCUGCCUGUGGCCAGGCUCACUGCCAGGCCGUCAUUACCGCCGCAGACACCACAGGCACCUCAAGCCCUGUUGGAGAUCAGCAACAAGACCAUCAUGUUCCCCACCACUCCCUCAGGGGAAACAUCAGAGGCCCAGCUGGAGGUGCUGAAUGGGGAAGUGGAAGUGAGGUGGUACCUGUCAUCAUUUGCUCCUCCAUAUGUCAAGGGGGUUGACAACACCGGAGAUGUUUACCGGGCCACUUACACUGCUUUCAGGUGCUCCAGGGUCUCCGGCACGCUGGGAACCCAUGAGAAGAUGCAGGUGCCUGUUACUUUCCUGCCCAGGGACAGAGGGGACUAUGCCCAGUUUUGGGACUUGGAGUGCCACCCUGUGUCUGAGCCCCAGCAGAAAACCAGAAUCCGCUUCCAGCUCUGUGGCACUGGAGUAAAGCCCGGACCAGUGGAAGCACCACAGGAAGGAGACUGCUCUCUGGUGAAGACAGAGGCCUCAGUCAAGACCAGGAAGAGAGCUGAUGCCUCAGCAGGCAAGACCAGUCAGGAGGAGGCUGUGCGGAGGGGCGUGUAUUCUCCACAGGAUCUCUACACCUUCCCAGACACACGGCCGGGUGAAUCCAGCACUCUGAAGGUCAACAUCCGCAACAACUCGUCAGACACACAUGAGUUGAAAUUUGUAAAGCCUACGGAGCCCUUCCACAUCAAGCAUUCCAAAUAUUCCCUGAGAGCGCAGCACUAUCUGAAGCUACCCGUCCAGUUCAAGCCCAGUACUGCAGGCAGACACGCUGGCUUGCUGCUCAUCCAGUCAGAAACAAGUGGAAGUCUUGUUAUUCAGCUGACCGGUGAGGCAUCGCCUUGAAUCUACCAUCCUACGCCACCUCCUCAUGCUGGCUGGCUGGCUGGCUUUGGGUGGAUGCUCUUCCCUGUACUAUUCAUCGUGGGACAGACGAGAGGAACAGAGAGGAAAAGGCAAAUGGAUCAAACCACAGACUUGAGUCCUUCCUCAUCAUCAUAUUUGGAGAGAUAUAGCUCUAGAGAUAUAUUUAGUUGCUGAUUAAACGGAGACUCUACCGCCAACUCAGUCCCGUCUGCCUCUGGAGGUGGCACAGGUGUCCUCAGCCGAACCCGUGAAAAAUGAUUGUGCCUGUUUGCGCCUCGAGCUGAAUGAUUUGGUCUGACUGGCUCACAAUUAGUCUGACAUUUCACAGCGCUAAUGAUUUUUGUCACUUCACUCUAGAUCUGGUAUUUCCCUUAUCCCUGAGUCAUGUCACAAGGCGGCAUUGUUGUUGCCACGGCGUCUGUCAGACAGCACCGGUUGGGAUUACUUUGAGUUGGCCACACAGGAAUGCCUUUGUGUCUUGUUUGGUAACAUGGCUGUGGGGAUUUUUGUUUUGUUUUUGAAAAGCCAAACCAUGUCUUUUUUUGCCAUGUUACAUAGUGAAAAUCAGAAAAAAGGAACUGGGCAUAUUUUUGUCUCGAACCUGAUUAAGUCAUAAGUAGGGCUGACCCGAAUGCUUCGAAGCUUCGACCGUUGCCAUGGCAUUCAACCUCCAAAUCACUAUUCGAAUUCUUCGUUUUUCUGAGUAUGUAAUAUUAAAUCCCAAAAUAGCCUAUGAAAUAAGGAAUAAUCCUACAACAUUAUUCAUAAUUCAUAUUCAACAUAAAGAUCUGACGGUGAGGACAUUUUCCCACCGGUUGAUAAGUUCAUGACACCAGUGUUACCGGACAUUUUACAAGGAAAUGUGACGCUAAAUAAAUGUUGCGCCCUUACUUUGAUCUUUAACGUUGGGUGGCUGUGUGUCUGGCCUCUCCGGUCCAGCUUUCGCUGCGGGGCCGCAGGUUUCCACCUGGCACCAGUGCGCCAUGCACACCGGCUGUGACCGCUCCG